AUGCCGCAUCUGGAGCCGACGCCGACACUGGCGAAGUUAGCACUACAGGGCGUAUGCGCAUUCGCGGUCUUCUCCGAUGACAGUGCUGUAGGCGUCGAAGACACCCAAAAGAAGCGCGUCCCUCCCGCCUCCAAGGUUGUGUGGGUCGCGCUGAGGGACUUCGCCGACAUUGUCAGAGAGUCCGAGGACAGCAUCUCCACGCGCAGCGUAGUAUCGGGCACGCGAUCGCGAGCCACUGCUAAGACCGGCUGGCCAACACGUGAGGAUGUACGCGUCCUUGACGUCGCAGUCAUCGCCAUUGUAGCACUUGAGAUAGUCAAAGUCGGCGUGGCGACUUCACCCGCGAUCCUCUUCCACGCUCUCCGCUGGAGCCUUCGAUGGCGCACAGAUGCUGCCGACUGCACCAUGCCGAUCGGCCCGGAAGACUCCGUCGACGUUGCUAGCGAGACUGGGGCCGGGAUGUUUGAGGAUGUACGCAUCCUCGUCCUCGUCGCACUCUUCUACGUGACCUUCGAGCUAGCCGGAUAG